UUUAGCAAACCGGUUUUCCUUGUAAAUAAAAAGUUGUAGAAUUUGUUUGAUUAUAUAAAUAUUAAAUCGUGAAACCGGGAAAUAUUUUCUUCUGUUUUGCGGUGAAAUCGUAUUAAAUUUUGAUUUGAAAAUGAUCAGUACUGCUAACGUUUUACCAUAUGCAGUCACCUUUGGAGUUGUGACUAUUACUGCAUUGCUUCUGCGUUAUUUGCUACAAAAGAAAAAAUCCACACCUAAGCUCUUAAAGGAUCCUACAGUCAAAUACAGUGUGAAGCUUAUUGAAAAAGAGGUUAUUAGUCAUGAUACUCGGCGAUUUCGCUUUGCUUUACCUAGUGAAAAUCAUAUCCUUGGUCUUCCUGUUGGUCAGCACAUCUUUUUGAGUGCCAAAAUUGAUGGCAAUAUUGUUAUUCGGCCUUAUACUCCUGUUACAAGCGAUGAUGACAAAGGACAUUUUGAUCUCGUUAUUAAGGUCUAUUUCAAAGGUGUGCAUCCAAAAUUCCCAGAUGGUGGUAAAAUGUCACAGUACUUAAAUAAUAUGAAAAUUGGUGAUUCCAUUGAUGUGAGAGGACCCUCUGGCAAAUUAGUUUAUUUAGGAAAAGGCAAAUUCAGUGUAAAGAUAGAUCACAAGUCUCCUCCCCAAGUUUACGAAGUAAAAGAAAUUGGAAUGAUUGCUGGAGGAACUGGUAUUACUCCUAUGUAUCAAUUGAUCAAACAAGUCCUCAAAGAUCCAGGUGAUAAGCUGAAGAUGUCUCUAUUAUUUGCCAAUCAGACUGAAGAUGAUAUCUUGUUAAGACAAGAAUUACAGACCAUUGCAGCACAACAUAGUGACCAGUUUCAGUUGUGGUUUACAGUUGAUCGUCCCUCAGAUGGAUGGAAAUACAGCAGUGGAUUUAUUUCUGCUGACAUGAUUACUGAACAUCUGCCACCUCCUGGGGAAGGCAUCUUUAUUGUCAUGUGUGGUCCUCCUCCUAUGAUUAAAUUCGCCUGUGUACCGAACUUGGAUCAGUUGGGUUAUGAUGCAAAGUGGCGAUUUGCAUACUGAUUCGCUUACAAUUUUUGUUACGUGUAGAGAGAUAUAGGUUUUUCUUUUUUAAUCCUUUAUCUCAAUUCAUUACAUGAGCUUAAAGGGCAAUUUAUGGUGCAAUUAAUUUUUCAUAUGUACUCCAAGAUAACUUAGCAUUUGUAAUUUUCAUUUACUCUCAGAUGUAUUAAAUAAUUUUAUAAACAAAUUUUUCUUUGAUACAUAAUUAAAUAAUUUUUAAGUGAAAUUUUAUCUGUCGAAUAAUUGCAAUUGCAUAUCAAAUCGAAAACCGUCUUCUCAAUUCAUAAUUUUAGGGCAUUAAUAAUUUUUUUCUUUUGCUUAUUUAAAUACUAGCCUUAGCCUUAAAUCUUAAUGCUCGUUAAAAUUUUAAUAAUUAAAUAUUUUAUGUAAUUCCUACUUUAAAAGCUUCUUCAUUAAAAUAUUUUUAAACUUCAAAUUUCAAUUCACUCAUAAUAUUAUAAAGGCCUUCAGUCAUAACGUAAUCUGUAUAUCUCUAAUUUUCUGUUAGCAGCCGUAGAAUUUAUGCUUUAAAUUAAAGUGGAAAUGAUUAAUCUGCAAUUAAUAUAAUAAUAUUUUUUACUGAAACGAAGCUUUUUUUUUUUUUUUUUUUUUUUUGUAAUAUGAUUACUGAAAACAGAGUCACUGAGCAUUUAAACCUUAUGGGCACUAAAGAAUAUCUUUCGUAAUUUAUGUAAUAUCUCAAGAGUUUGUCAACAAAAUUUUUUCAGAUUCAUCAUCAGCAGGUCUAUUAAUUAGCAAUGUUUAAUUUUAAAUGCAUCAAACACUAGGAAAAUUAGCAGAAUCGUUUAAAAUAAUAGGUCGAAAACAGGUAAAAAAAAUUACUUAAAAAACGAUGAACUUAAACUAACAUAAAUACAAUUUAAUUACAAAAGCAUACAACUAACCUAAAAGUAAUUUAAAUCAAGUCCGCUUCCGUUGAAAAUAGACGUAAACAAUCAGAACACAAAGCGCAUGCGUGAAUUUUCAAUGCCAAUUAUGGUAACGCAAAUGCGUGAACUUUUCUACGCCAGUUAUGGUAACGCAAAUGCGUGAAUUUUUCUAUUCCAGUUGGGGUAACGAAUGAUUGGGUUGGGGUAAGAAAUGAUUUUUUGGGGGGGCGGGAAAGUUAGUUUUUAACUAAUAAUUAAAAUUCUAAUUAAAAUUUCAAAAAAAGGGACCCCAGGUGCACAUUCCCGACCUCCAAGGUAUACACGUACCAAAUUUGGUAGCUGUAGAUCAAAUGGACUUUUCUGUUGAGCGCCAACACACACACACACAUUGAGCUUUAUGUAAGUAUAGAUAUAAAAAAAAUCGUUUUCAGUUAAGUUUUGCUAUUAGUACAUUUUUAAAAUAUUUUUUAUAGCCAUAUUUGUUUUUAUAGAUGUUUGCAUUCAUUUAUUUGUAGUGUUUUUAGUUUGAAUUAUUAAUAUACUUUUGGCUUUUUUUAAAUUUUUUUCUUCCACUUUCUCUCAUAUAUUGUAUUUUGACUGUUUAAAUUUGCUACUCAAAGCUUUAUUGGUUAUUGGAUAUCGAUAAACCUGCAGACAAACGACACUAUUACAGGUUUAGUCUAUUUCAGACUUUGUAUUGUGGAAAAGGUUGAUUAAAAAUCUUUAAACUGUG